AUGGCGGCCAGCGGCGCGCCCGAGCGGCGGCCGCGGCGCGGCCCUGCGCCCAUCGCCUCAUUCGACCACGACGUUUCGGAUGAGUCUAGUCCCGAGACUAAGCAGACAUUCCGGCUGCCGGAAAUCCGCGAGGACCCAGCCGUUGCGUCAGGGAGCGAGCCCUCGGGUUCAGCCAACGCUCUCGCACCGCCCGAGCAGCGGGCCCGCUCUCACUCCUCGCCGGCGGUGCAUGGAGGUGGCACGGGCGGGCUACAGACGCCAGCCGCGCCGCGGAUUGACAUCUCACGCGCCUCGAGUUCAAGCCACCACGAUUCUCGAGACAGCUCUCCCGAGCUGGCCCUGUUCUCUGGUGGCGGGGAAGAGGGCCGUGCGCGCCUCGAGCUGGGCUUUCGUGAGGACGGUGCCCUGGAGCUGCGCUCAUCCACCGAAGAGCUAGCGUUUUUGGAAGGAGCUCCGGGCGAGGCACGCGGAGCACCCGCCCCUUCGAUAUCGCGCCGCCACUCGCGCAAAGACAGCCAAAGUUCCGAGGCAGCGCUUUUGGCCGUCUCAGGGCGCACUAGUCGCCUCUCUAGCGUAGGCUCACAGUGCUCUGCGCAUUCGGCACUAUCGGCGUUCAGCCACACCAGCCGAGUUUCCCACCUCUCCGUGGUGUCGGGCACCUCGCGUUCCCCAUCACCGCACAAAAUGUUAUUGGAGACCUCGUUUUGCGGUCCGAAACCGAUCGAAACCGAUCCGGAAAUAUGCGCUGCUGUGGUCGAAGAGCGCCUCCUUGAAAUCGCAAAAUUAACGGCUGAUCCCUUACCGGUGCUUAUAUCACCGCCGUCGUUGGCUUUGACUUCCGUUGCGGUGACAGCGACGGUUUCCGUUCCUAUUACUUCGCCCACUACCUUGACGAAUCUUUCGACGGCAACAGAGGUACCAGCUCAAGAACCCGUGCCUGAAGCUGUGGACGCUCGCGACCAUCGAGAGGUGCGCACCGAAGUUACCGUAGAAAGCGCGCGGCCAACUAACGUGCCUCGUUUGGUUUCUCCAGCUGCUUCCACUGUUACGCCAUGUGCCGCCCCUUCUCCCCAACCAUCAUGCUCAUCCCAGCCGAUACAAACUAUUAUGGACGAGGAAAAAAGACAGAAGGAAACACGUAAUCGCGCUCGAGCCGAGGAGAGGCGAGCUAGGUCAAGGGAACGUCGUGAACCAUCGCAGCCGGAAGUGUAUAAAAGCAGUAAUCGUUCCAAGGACAUUAUAAGAAUAAAGUUGAAACCCGAUCACGAAUACGAAGAUGACGAUGAUGAUGAAAGCGAAAAGACCCUGGUGGGGGGAGAACCGGCACGCAAACCAAUCACUUUAGAGCUAAAUGAACGCGCUACUGCUACUAGUCCAGCGCCUCAGAGGCGUCUGCGUGAUAGCCGAACGCCGUCACCAAUCGGUGCCCCAGUAUCUAGGAAAUCCUCUUUUUGUUCCUUAUUUAAAUCUCGCGAAACCAUCGCUUCACCGGACUCGCCAUGUGACGUGCUGCGGCGCAAGAAAAGUCUUAACGAAGGUAGAUCGCGUAGCAAAAGUCGCGAUCGAUCCACAACGCCUACUUCGGCUUCCAAAAUAAGGGGCUCAGUGCUCUCGUUAUUCAAAACACCAAGAAAGAGUGGCACUUCGCCGUCACCCAGCUCGAGGGACGGCUCACCAAUCGUACAACAGCAACGACAAUUUCCACAACAGCACAUUGAGAAGCAGGCUCGCACGGAAAAACUCAAAUAUUACGAGGAUUCGAAAGACGGCAUCAUACACAUUCCUUUACGUACUCCUCCUGAUGAGGUCACGAGUCCUGGAGCUUCCAAGCCCGAAAGCUGCGAGCAACCCUCCAUCGCUGUCUCCGUCUCAACGGUGCGGGAGUCUGUGCGACCCGCCUCAGCCCCGCAACAACGUCCACCGCCAGAACGACCCGUCUCUGUCGCUUCGACAAGCGCCGUGCAAAAACCCACUAAGCGAACUGUAUUACCCGAUGGUAGCAUUAUAAUACCAUUACACUCACCGACAGAGAAAGUAGUGGACUGCUACAAUCUGCCACCAACUCCGGAGCCCAGCCGAUGUUCAUCAGCGGUCGAGCGAGCAGCCACGCCACCGAAAGACAAAUCCGGUGAGGAAAAAUCAGAUACGAAACUUGAUGAGGUCCGAACAGGAAGCACCGAGCCACCUAGCGGCUCCUCUCCGUCCGCAGCCGCGCGCAUCCUAGAAGAGGAGCACAGAAAAAGAAAGGAGCGCAUAAUUUUCACGACCCACGUCGGAAGCAGAGAACAAGUGUUCAGCACGCAAUUCAGCAUCACCAAAACACCGAGUGUCACGAGCGAAAUAUCGGAAUCCAUUCCAAGCUUCGUGGAGGGCGACGAGACCCGCUCUGGUCUACGCGAUACACACAUUACGUCGAUGGAGUCUCCGUUGAGUUACGAGCGACCGGCGGCGCCGGAGCCGGAGCCAGUAGACGAUAUGCGUUCUAAUGCCGUCUCGCCGUUAGAAGCGCGGGACUCGUCGGGCUCGGAGGCGAGCUCCGAGGCAGCACCACCGCGUGGCGGCAGCGAAGUUGAACGACGUGGUUUGGUAGUGCAAGAGUCAUUCGAGGAGGAGCUGCCGUACGUGCCGACUACGCUGCCGUUGGAGCGUUCGCUAGCUUUGCCCAUGGUGCCCGUGAGGGAACGGAGUGGAAUACGCGUGGCGGGAGUACAACGACCGCGCGCUCCCCGCUCAGCCCGCUCACCGCGCGCUGUACCCGCCGACCCGACACCGCCUCCCCCGCCGCCGCGCGCACCCCCCUCGGCCCUGGGCGUCGCCUCGCCCACAGAGCGUGCCCAGCCAUCCGACAAGCUGCGAAUCCGGCUGCCCCGUCGCACGCGCACUACAUCCGUUUCAGCGCCCCCCCGCCCCGAGCGACCGCGCACUAGGAGCGGUGGAGACGAGAUAUUGGCAAUGAGCGAGACGCGGAAGAAAGCGGAGUGGAUAGACUUUGAAGAGGUGCCGGAGCGGCGCAAACAGCCGAAGCGGAUACAGACCCUGCCGGCCGCUGAGGUGGCCGCAGAGGUGGGGGCUGCGGAGGGGGGUGAGGGAGAAGGGGGCGUACUCUACGUGGAGCCCGAGCACUGCCGGUGCGAGUGUCACGCGCGCCGCGACGACGAACUGCCGCUCUUGCCUGACGAAGAGCCUACCGCCGACAGGUCCAUGGAAUGCGAGGAGACUGGCACGCGGGUGCAGCUGAGCGUGCAAUUGGCACGUCCUACCCGACGCCGCCACCGCACAGACCACACGACAGCACAGCAC